GUGCAGCCAGCAGGACUCCCAGGGACCAUGAUGCCCCCGGCAGUGAGGUGGUCUGCCCGGAGCGCGGGAUGGCUGUGGAUCUUUGGGGCAGCCCUGGGGCAGUGUCUGGGGUACAGUUCACAGCAGCAAAGGGUAAUGCUUCCUCCAUCUCCGGGUCAAAACCAACUGCAAGCAAGUUAUGUGGAGCUUAAGCCCAGGCAGGGUUGCAGCCCUGGAUACUAUCGUGAGAACAAAGGCUUAUACACUGGACGGUGUGUUCCCUGCAACUGUAACGGGCAUUCCAAUCGCUGCCAGGAUGGCUCGGGAGUAUGCAUUAACUGCCAGCAUAACACUGCAGGGGAACACUGUGAGCGCUGUAAAGAGGGUUACUAUUGGAACACCAUCCAUGGCUCCUGUAGCGUCUGCCCAUGUCCUCAUUCAGACAGUUUUGCCACCGGUUGUGUUGUGACUGGGGAAAACGUCAAGUGCUCCUGCAAGCCUGGAUACACCGGAGCGCGCUGUGAAAGGUGUGCUCCUGGAUAUUUUGGAAAUCCCCAGAAAUUUGGAGGCAGCUGCCGGCCAUGCAAUUGUAACAGCAACGGCCAGUUGGGCAUUUGUGACCCCCUGAACGGAGACUGCAUAAACCAGGAACCCAAAGAUGGUGGUCCUGGAGAAGAAUGCGACGAUUGUGACAGCUGUGUGAUGACGCUCUUGAACGAUCUGGCCACCAUGGAUGAUGAGCUGCGCCUGGUCAAGUCUCAGCUGCAGGGCCUGAGUGUCAGUGCAGGGACCCUGGAGCAGAUAAGGCACUUGGAGACCCAGACCAAGGACUUGAGGAACCAGCUGUUUAGCUACCGUCCCACCAUUUCAAAUCAUAAAUCAAAAAUGGAUGGUCUGGAAAAAGAACUGAAUAACUUGAAUCAAGAAUUUGAAACUUUGCAAGAAAAGGUUCAAAUAAAUUCCAGAAAAGCACAAACAUUCUAUAACGACAUUGAUCGGACAACCCAAAGUGCAAAAGAGCUGGACUCGAAGAUUAAAAAUGUCAUCCGGAAUGUGCACACUCUCGUGAAGCAGGUAUCUGGGACGGAGGGAGAUGGAAACAGGGUGCCUUCAGGUGAUUUUUCCAGAGAGCUGGCUGAAGCUGGGCGCAUGAUGAGGGAAAUGAGGACCCGCAACUUCGGGAAGCAGCUGAGGGAGGCUGAAGCUGAGAGAAGAGAGGCUCAGCAGUUGCUGAAUCAGAUAAGGAGCUGGCCGGAAAACCACCAGGUGGAGAACAAUGGAUUGGCGAAGAAUAUACGAGAUGCUUUAAAUGAUUAUGAAGCCAAACUCAGUGGCCUCCGUGCUGCUCUACAGGAGGCCAGCGCCCAAGCAAAGCAGGCCACCGGCCUCAACCGAGAAAAUGAGAGGGCUUUGGAAUCCAUCAAGAGACAAGUUAAAGAAAUGAAUUCCCUCCAGAGUGACUUCACCAAGCGUCUAGCCACAGCAGAUUCUUCCUUAAUGCAAACUAAUAUUGUCCUGCAAUUGAUGAAGAAAAGCCAUGAGGAGUAUGAAAAAUUAGCUGUCACUUUAAAUGAAGCCAGACACGAACUAAGUGACAAAGUGAGAGAACUUUCCAGAUCGGUCAGCAGAGCACCUCUGGUGGGGGAGGCAGAGAGGCACGCGCAGUCCCUCCAGGAGCUGGCCACGCAGCUGGAGGAGAUCAAGAGGAACGCCAGUGGGGAUGAGCUGGUGCGCUGUGCCGUGGACGCUGCCACCGCCUACGAGAACAUCCUCAACGCCAUCAAAGCGGCCGAGGAUGCAGCCGACAAGGCCACCACUGCAUCUGAGGCUGCUCUCCAGACAGUAAUAAAGGAAGAUCUUCCAAGAAAAGCGAAAACUCUGAGUUCCAGCAGCGAUAAACUGUUAAACGAAGCCAAGAUAACACAGCAGAAGCUACAGCAAGAAAUCAGCCCAGCUCUCAACAACCUGCAGCAAACACUGAAAACUAUGACCAUUCAGAGAGGCCUGAUAGACACCAAUCUCACCAGCAUCCGAGGUGAUCUUCAUGGAAUACAGAGAGAUGACAUCGAUGGCAUAAUCAAUAGUGCAAAGAGCCUGGUCAGAAAUGCCAAUGAUAUCACAAAUGAGGUUCUAGAUGGGCUCAACCCCAUUCAGACAGAUGUGGAAAGAAUUAAGGAUACCUAUGGAAGCACCCAGAGCGAAGACUUCAACAAGGCUCUCAGUGAUGCGGAUAAUUCAGUGAAGAAAUUAACCAACAAACUGCCUGAUCUUUUGAGUAAAAUUGAAAGUAUCAACCAACAGCUGUUGCCACUGGGCAACAUCUCUGACAAUGUGGACCGCAUACGGGAACUAAUUCAGCAGGCCAGAGAUGCCGCAAAUAAGGUCGCUGUCCCCAUGAGAUUCAACGGUAGAUCUGGAGUUGAAGUCCGGCUGCCAAAUGACCUGGAAGACUUGAAAGGAUACACAUCUCUUUCUUUGUUUCUCCAAAGACCUGAAUCAACAGAAAGUGGUGGGACUGAGAAUAUGUUUGUGAUGUACCUCGGAAAUAAAGAUGCCUCCAGGGACUACAUCGGCAUGGCUGUUGUAGACGGCCAGCUCACAUGCGUCUACAACCUGGGAGAGGAUGAGGCUGAACUCCAAGUGGACCAGGCCUUGACCGAAAGCAAAACUCAGGAGGCGGUGAUGGACCGGGUAAAAUUCCAGAGAAUUUAUCAGUUUGCAAGGCUUAAUUACACCCUAAAAGCCACCUCCAGUAAACCAGAAACACAUCAAUUCCAUGACAUGGAUAGUGGGAAUAGCAACACACUUCUCAAUUUGGAUCCUGAAAAUGUCGUGUUCUAUGUUGGAGGUUACCCAUCUGAUUUUAGACCUCCUAGUAGACUGAGAUUCCCUGCAUACAAAGGUUGUAUUGAAUUAGAUGACCUCAAUGAAAAUGUUCUGAGCUUGUACAACUUCAAAAAGACUUUCAAUCUCAACACAACAGAAGUGGAGCCUUGUAGAAGGAGAAAAGAAGAAUCAGACAAAAAUUAUUUUGAAGGUACAGGCUAUGCUCGAGUUCCAACUCAACCAAAUGCCCCCUUCCCCACCUUUGGACAGACAAUUCAGACCACUGUGGACAGAGGUUUGCUGUUUUUUGCAGAAAACAAGGAUCACUUCAUAUCUCUGAAUGUAGAAGACGGCCGACUCAUGGUGCGGUACAAACUGAAUUCAGAGCCGCCUAAAGAAAAAGGAAUCAGAGAGAUCAUAAACGACGGGAAAGAUCAUUUGAUUCUGAUCAAAAUUGGAAAAAUCCAACAACGUAUGUGGAUAAAUGUGGAUACUCAAAGCGUUAAAAUUGAAGAUGAGAUAUUUGAUUUCAGCACAUACUAUCUGGGGGGAAUUCCCAUUUCCAUCAGGGAAAGGUUUAACAUUUCUACACCUGCUUUCCGAGGCUGCAUGAAGAACCUGAAGAAGACCACUGGCGUCGUCAGAUUGAAUGAUACAGUGGGAGUAACAAAAAAGUGCUCAGAAGACUGGAAGCUCGUGCGAUCUGCCUCAUUCUCCAGGGGAGGACAGUUGAGUUUCACCAAUUUGGACUUCCCAUCAUCCAGCCACUUUCAAGCCUCCUUCGGGUUUCAGACCUUUCAACCCAGUGGCAUCUUAUUAAGUCAUCAGACGGGGGCAAGCAGUCUGCAGGUCACCCUGGAAGACGGUCACAUUGAACUGAGCACCAGGGACAGCAGCAGCCCUAUUCUCAUGUCUCCACAGACGUACAUGGAUGGUUUACUGCAUUAUGUGUCUGUAAUAAGUGACAACUCUGGACUCCGGCUCCUCAUUGAUGACCAGCCUCUGAAGAAUAACCAAAGGCUUCGCGGCCUUUCAGAUUUCCAGCAGUCCCUGCGUCUGGGCGGGAGUCAUUUCGAGGGCUGCAUCAGCAAUGUUUUCAUCCAGAGAUCAUCAGAGAGUCCCGAAGUCCUGGAUCUGGCCAGUAAGUCUUCCAAGAGAGAUGUGUCCCUGGGAUUCUGCAGUUUAAACGAACCACCUUUUCUAAUGUUGCUUAAAGGGUCCACAAGGUUUUACAAAGCCAAGACUUUCAGUAUCCACCAGCCGUUGCAGGAUGCACCAGCCAUCUCCCCAAGGAGCUCAAAGGCAUGGGGAGAGGCUCAGUCUUGCCCACCACUUCCCGGAGCCCAGACCAGCCACCGAGCCUUCCGGUUUGGGGACAGUCCCACCAGCCACUUGCUAUUCAUGCUUCCCCAGGAUUUGCUGAAACCCAGGUCACAGUUUGCGGUGGAUGUGCUGACCACGGCGUCCAGAGGGCUCGUGUUUUACACGGGCACUAGGAACUCCUUUAUGGCUCUUUAUCUUUCAAAAGGACGGCUGGUCUUUGCCCUGGGGGCAGAAGGGAGAAAACUGAAGCUCAAAAGCAAAGAGAAGUGCAGUGACGGGAAGUGGCACACGGUGACAUUUGGGCAAGAUGGAGGCAAGGGGCGCUUGGUUGUGGAUGGCCUGAGGACCCGGGAGGGACGUCUGCCUGAAAAUUACACCAUCAGCCUCAGAGCACCAGUUUACCUGGGAUUGGCUCCAUCAGGGAAACCAAAGAGCCUCCCCCAGAACAGCUUUGUGGGCUGCCUGAGGAACUUUCAGUUGGAUCUGAAACCCCUGGAAACCCCUUCUGCAAGUUUUGGGGUGUCUCCUUGCUUGGGCGGCUCUUUAGAGAAAGGCAUUUAUUUCUCCCAAGAAGGAGGUCAUAUCAUCCUAGCUAACUCUGUGUCACUGGGGCCAGAAUUUAAGCUUGUUUUCAGCAUUCGCCCGAGAAGCCUCACUGGAAUUCUCAUUCACAUUGGAAGUCAACCCGGGGAGCACUUAUGUGUUUAUAUGGAAGCAGGAAAGGUCACGGCCUCUGUGAGCAGUGAGGCAGGUGGGGUCUUGACAUCGGUGACACCCAAGCAGGCUCUGUGCGAUGGACAGUGGCACUCGGUGGCAGUCACCAUAAAACAACACAUCCUGCACCUGAAGCUGGACGCAGACGACAGCUACACGGCCGGACGACACCCCUUCCCGCCGGCCCACCCACUGGAGCGUCUGUACAUUGGAGGCGUGCCAGGGAAUCUGAAAACCCCGAAGCUUCCCGUGUGGACAUCCUUUUUUGGCUGCCUGAAGAAUAUUCAAGUCAACCACAUUCCUGUCCCUAUCACUGGAGCCGCAGAAGUUCAGGGUACUGUCAGUCUGAAUGGCUGUCCUGACCACUGACUCAGACUCCCUCACACAGCAAGGAAGUUCAUCUCCAGAAACACUAAUGACCCAGCACCCCUCCCUCUCCCCUCUCAAGGUCGUUCUUAACUUCAGACACCAUCCGAAUGUGUUUAAUAGCAGAUCUCAUUUUUAAUUCCAACCAUGCGUACCCAUCAUUUUGGCAUUCAGUGCUGCGUAUAUAUUUUAAAUCAAAAUCCCAUUUCUUAAAGAGAAUCAACAAAUUGUUACAUGCUUCUGGUAAUACCAUUUUCCACUAAAAGUUCAGUGUCUUUUAAAGAACAUUAUUUUCCACUUGUUAAAAAAAAAAUAAAUAUCUUUCAAAGCACUUUAAAA